GCUCCCGCCCCUGGCCCGGAGUCGAGAUCAUGCCGCCCGUGGCGGCCCCGAGUGCCGCGGACACGGUCGCCUAGGACUGCGGGGCCGUUCGGCGACACCGCGUCUCCCCGCCCCGCCUGGCCCUCGAGGAGGGGGAGAGCGCGCGAGGAGGGGGUGGGGAAGUGGGCAGUGAACUCGGCUCCAUCUGGGAGGGGUGUGUGUGGGGGAGUGGAAGUUCCCGCCCCGGACUGCGGCGAGGCGGCAGCCACAGUUGAUUAUGGAAGAUUCCCACAAGAGUAACGCUUCAGAGACAGCACCUCAAGCUGGUUCAGCAGUUCAGGGAGCUCAUAUUUCUCAACAGGUAUCAUCUUUAUCAGAAAGUGAGGAGUCUCAGGACUCAUCUGACAGCAUAGGCUCCUCACAGAAAGCCCCUGGGAUCCUAGCACUACGCCCAUCCUACAGAAAAAUUUUGAAAGCGCUCUCUUCUGAAGAUACACGAGGCAGAAAAGGAGACGGAGAAAACCCUGGAGUUUCUGCUGUUACUUCUAUGUCUGUUCCAACUUCCAUCUAUCAGACUAGCAGCGGACAGUACAUUGCCAUUGCCCCGAAUGGAGCCUUACAGUUGGCCAGUCCAGGCGCAGACGGAGUACAGGGACUGCAGACGUUGCCCAUGACCAAUUCAGGCAGCGCUCAGCAAGGUACAAUUCUGCAGUACGCGCAGACCUCGGACGGACAGCAAAUACUUGUGCCCAGCAACCAGGUGGUUGUACAGACGGCCUCGGGAGAUAUGCAGACCUACCAGAUCCGGACCACGCCCUCGGCGACUUCACUGCCGCAGGCUGUGGUGAUGACAUCUCCUGUGACGCUGACGUCUCAGACAACUAAGACAGAUGACCCUCAGUUGAAGAGAGAAAUACGGCUGAUGAAAAACAGAGAGGCUGCUCGAGAAUGUCGCAGGAAGAAGAAAGAAUAUGUGAAAUGCCUGGAGAACCGAGUCGCAGUCCUGGAGAAUCAGAAUAAAACUCUGAUAGAAGAGCUAAAGACUUUAAAAGAUCUUUAUUCCCAUAAAAGUGUUUGAUUCUUAAGGAAGAAAGAAAAUAUUUUUGUGGACUUGCCUAAAAAUUAGAUGGAUUUCUUUUUAGCGGAGUUUUAUAAAUUAAAAGGUCAAAAGUGAAGCUUUUUAUUUAGGCUUUUGCAACAAAGAUAUCUUAUGCAAGAGAUGUGUCGACAGGAUUAAGUGGAAAACAACCUCAAGGAAGCUCUGGGCACAACUGGAAGCUGUGUAAAAAUUAAACUCAAAAAGCCAAGAAGCGAGCAUUUUCUAAAUAACAAUGGUGUCAACCCAGAAAUACAAAAAAGAUGAAAUAUGGUAAAUUGAAUUUUUAAAAAUAAAUCAAUUUACCCUAUAGGUUUGCAUUUCUUACUGUUUCCUGAAAUUUACCUUUUUUUCAGUUGUGUGUGUGUGUGUGUGUGUGUGUUAUUUUUGCCAAUAAAUUCUAAAUUACAAUUGUAAAAGAAAACCUUACUACAUUACUGAAAGAUAAAUUAUGUUUUAUGAUUAUAUAUGCUUGUUCCAUUGUCAGGUCUUUUAAGUGAGUUUUUUUUUUUUUUUUUUUUAAGUUUAUUUGUUGGACUUGAGAGGGUUUUUGAAACUGGGUUAACCAUUUUGAGGUCUUGUCCUAAAGGUAUCUGAGGUACAUGAAUGGAGUGUGGUGAUUUUAUAACUUUUUUUUUUAUCAGAAUGGAAAGAAAACUGUUUAAUAGUUUGAUAUUUUUAAAUUGGUCCUUGCUUACUCUGGUAAUGGUGAUUUUCUACAUAUAUGUAAUAAAUUUUUUUUGAUUCUAUAUUCUGUAUGCAGUUGAAUAUCCAUUACUUAUUCUGUUGUGCUUUAAUAGAAUGGAAUGUUUACAGGCCCUUAAAAUAUUAUUUUUAAAAAAACCUGAAGAUGCAUACCAAAGUUUUUCCAAGAGGAUUUUAUAGUCAGUGUAAGGUUUAUCAGAUCUUAAAAUAGUACGAUUAUUAAGGUAAUUUUAUGUUAGAGACUAUUUUGUAAUGUAGUGAAUGGUACCUUUAUAAGAAAAGUGACUGCCAAUAUAUUUUUAUAGCUGAUCUUUAUAAAUUCUAAUAUUGAGUUUUUAAUGAUUAUUUUAAAUGUUUAUAUAGUUUGUUUAGUAAAAAAAUUUGCAUCUCAAAGUAUCAUUUUUAUAUUAUGAGAGUAAAGUUUUCAGAUUGGCUAAUAUUUGCAUUGUAAGUUUUAUAUGCAGUUUAUCUAAAGAGAAAUGCUGUCAGUACAUACACCUGUGUUUAACCUCUCUGUAUUCCAAUUUGUAUACACUUCGAAAUUGUACUGCAAAACUAUUGUGUGCUUCUAUACAAUAUGUAUCAUAUUGUCCAUGAAAUUAAAAAGAAUUUGAUAAAAUUAA